CAUGUCAAUAUAAUUAUUAAAGGAUAUGGCUUAUUUUGAGUACAUAAAUCCAAUAAUAUUGACUGCUUUUUAAUUGGAGUCAGGCAUUAAUCUUCAUCCAAUGAUAUGGAAUGUAAGAUAGAAAAAAUAUAUAUAGCAGUCUGGCUAUUAAGGAAAAAUUUGUAAAGGAUGUGGUCAGAAUAAAUAUAAAGUUAACUCCAAAUUAAUAAAAAUUUUAUAUUUAUAUAAAUGUUUGUUUUUAAAAUAUUCUUUUGAAUUAUGUUUCUUAAAAAAACAAAUAACUCAGUCAAUUAUAAAAAAAUUGAAAGAAUUCUUUUCAUAAUUAUUGAUAGCCAUUUAUCUACUUUUGAAAUAAUUAUAGUUUUUUUUAACUUGA